UCGCAGAUUGUGUGCAGGAAUUGAGAGCGGCCCCUUUAAGACUCGGGCGCCUAGUGAUGACGUCACACUUCCGCCCAAUCUCAAAAUGGCUGCCUCUGAGCUGGGCGGAAGUAAGAUACGGCUACGACAUCCCCGGAUGUAAGGAGGCGUUGUGAUUGGGUGCUGGAAUAGAGCGGAGGGGCGGAGUCACGGCGGCAACCCGGAAGCGCCGAGUGCGAGCUGCCACUGUCCGCCCGGCGCAGAGCUGCUUUGAUGCUCCUCGUUAUGCCCGGCCAUGCUGAUGUCAGCCUCCCACCCGAGGAGCGUGUCCGGAGCCUGACGCAGAUCGGGAGCGCUGUGGAAGUGAAUGAGGAUGUCCCACUGCGACGCUACUAUCGCUCCGGCGUGGAAAUGCUCCGCAUGGCAGCUGUUUACUCAGAGGAGGGCAAUAUUGAGCAUGCCUUCAUCUUAUACAACAAGUACAUCACGCUCUUCAUUGAGAAGCUGCCAAAGCACCGUGAUUUCAAAACUGCCACCACACCUGAAAGGAAGGAGACGAUGAAAAAGCUGAAGGAUGUAGCCUUUCCCAGGGCUGAAGACCUCAAGAAGGAGCUAUUGCAGAGGUACAUGAAGGACUACGCUAAGUACACUGAGCAGAAGAAAGAGAAGGAAGAGGAAGAUGCCCGCAACUUGGCUUUGCAGCAGCAAUUGGAAGAGGAAAGGAAUCGUGUAGCCUUAAUGAAGCAGCAGCAGGCAGAGCAAGAGCAGUUUCUUGCCUUCGAGGAGAUGAUUCGACAACAGGAGCUAGAAAAGGAACGUUUGAGGAUAGUGCAAGAAUUUGGAAAGCCAGAGCCAAGUCCUGAGUCUCUAGAUGGACCCCUCAUCCCCGGCAUAGAAAAACCACCUACUGAUUUAACCCCAAGGGUUCCCGUCUCUUCAGAUCACCCUGCGAGUCCAUCGAUGGGGAAUGUCUCAUCCAACCCUCCUGCUGUGGACAGAUCUUUGAAACCUAGUGCGCUGGGGGGCACAGAACACACUGCAGGUGUGGAUGCCCUUCGCCAGGUCAUUGUCCCCAGGGAGCUGUGCCAUAAAUUCCUCCAGCUGGCUGAUGCCAACACGGCCCGAGGUGUGGAGACCUGUGGGAUCCUCUGUGGUAAGCUGAUGAGGAAUGAGUUCACCAUAACCCACGUCAUCGUUCCCAAGCAGUAUGGAGGCCCUGAUUAUUGCAACACAGAGAACGAGGAGGAACUCUUCCUGAUCCAGGACCAGCACGGCCUCGUUACGCUCGGCUGGAUCCAUACUCACCCCACGCAGACAGCUUUCCUCUCCAGCGUCGACCUGCACACACACUGCUCCUACCAGAUGAUGCUGCCGGAGUCCAUCGCUAUUGUGUGUUCUCCAAAGUACCAGGAGACAGGGUUUUUCAAGCUGACAGAACAUGGCCUGCAGGAGAUCUCUUCUUGUCGACAGAAAGGAUUCCACCCACACUCCAAAGACCCUCCUCUCUUCACUACCUGCAAUCAUGUGUCUGUAGUCGAGAGAGAUGUGGUGCUGAUGGAUCUACGAUAGGCGUCUUGCCUUGACUCCUUACUCUAAAACCACCUGCCUUCCCUCUAGGCUUAGGUAAAGUUUGGGUUCCUUCUGCAACAGAUGAUUUCCACCGUGUGGUGCCCCUUCCCUUCCUCCCUGAGCACGGUGAAAUCAGUUCCCUGACCUCAGCUCAUGAACUCGGUGCCUGUUGUUGGACUGGUGAAAGGGCGUUGAGGUUCGAGGUGUGGGGAGAAGUUAACUGGAGAUUCAAAGAGGGAAGCUAACACUGAAGCCGUUAUUUAAUUUAGAGCUUGACCAGCUUCUUGGCUGGGGAGGGCCCUGCAAGUUGCUGCAUCCUUGAGCUGUGAAACCUCUUCAAGUGCUUUCCUAAGUGGGACCUGCCCAAAUUAACCCAUGUUCUGCUUUGCCUCUCUUUCUGGGUUGGUAAACUGUGGCCUUGAGCAUGGCUGGUUGGAGCAGACAAAUCCUUGUUGCCAUUUAAAACAAAACCUUCCUAACACAUCUCACUCCAUACAAGAGCCCAUCCUCCCUCCUGGUGCUCACAUUUGUGCCCAGUGGAACAAGAAGGGACCCCAACUGUUGUGCUCUCUCCUUCCUUUGGGAACCCCCAUUUCAGGAGUUCAGGGUGAGAAGAUUCCUGGAUGCUUUAAUUCCAGGGAUGCUGAGCGGGAUAUCUGAUUGCUUUCUUCCUUUUCCUGGAUGGGACACUGGCUGCAGUGAGGGUUUGGGUUUAUCUGGUGCUGGUGGGGUGACAGAGGAGGCUCUCCCACCUCUCAGUUCCAGCAUUGGUGCACUCUGUUGCUGAUCAAUAUGUGGAGCUCAGCUGCUUUCCCAACACUCCUGUUUCUUGAAUCCUUAAACACUCUCAUUCCCAGCUGCCUCUGCAAUCCUUAAGGUGUUAUGAAGCCUGUCCUUGCCAAACCGAGUGCCCCACAGUGUUGCUGUGAUGCAGGAAACCAUCUGGGGACCUUCUCUGUACCCUUUGCUGUUGAAACCUAAGCAGUGACUUUGCAUCCCCGAGCUGCCCACGCUGAGCCUCCACCCUCACCUGUAUCACCAUUGAAAGGUGGGAGGCUCAAAGUGUGAUGCAUCACCUCUCCAUGUCCUCCAUUGGGAUGCUCUGAUCAUCAGCAUGUAUCUGCAUGGGCAGGGGGAGGGUUGGAGACACACAUACAUGAAGGUGUUGUGCCCUUGUACUUCUACCUACAAGACAGGCAUUCGUUGGUGGAUGGUUUAAUACAGACAGGUUGUGUUA